UACCUUGUAUAAUGGAGGGAGUACAUGCAUGUCUGUAUAAAUAGAUGGAAUGUGGAGCAUGGUAGCCUACCUUAGUUACACAUAAAAUAAAUACUAAUUAUAUUACAAGAGGGAAAAAAUAAUUUAAUCGUGUGCAUGAAAAAUUUGUUAUGGCAGCAGAACAGGAGCUUCUGUCGACGGAGAUUGUGAACCGGGGGAUCGAGUCCUCCGGGCCUGAUGCCGGCUCGAUGACAUUCUCCGUGCGGGUUCGACGACGGCUCCCGGACUUCUUACAGUCCGUGAAGUUGAAGUACGUGAGACUAGGUUAUCAUUACCUUAUAAAUCAUGGUAUUUAUCUAGCGACAAUUCCUGUUCUUGUACUUGUGUUCGGAGCCGAGGUGGGGAGUCUUACUAGGGAAGAAAUGUGGAGCAAGAUUUGGAACAUUACGGCUCUUUAUGAUCUUGCCACGAUUCUUGCUUUCUUCGGUGUUUUUGUUUUUACGCUGUCGGUUUACUUCAUGUCGCGCCCUCGCUCUAUUUAUCUUCUUGAUUUCGCUUGUUAUAAGCCCCAGGAUGACCUCAAGGUCUCAAAGCAUCAGUUCAUUGAACUAGCGCGUAAUUCUGGGAAAUUCGACGAAGCCAGCAUUGAAUUCCAGAAGAAAAUCCUGCAUUCAUCAGGAAUUGGCGACGAGACAUAUGUGCCAAAGGCCAUAAUGUCAUCGGAGAAUUGUGCCACGAUGAAAGAAGGAAGAGCUGAGGCUUCAACGGUGAUUUUUGGGGCACUCGACGAGCUCUUCGAAAAGACCGGAAUAAGGCCAAAGGAUGUCGGGAUCCUGGUGGUGAACUGCAGUAUUUUUAACCCGACGCCAUCACUGUCGGCUAUGGUCAUAAACCACUACAAAAUGAGGGGAAACAUCCUGAGCUUUAAUCUUGGAGGAAUGGGCUGUAGCGCUGGGAUCAUCGCCUUGGACUUGGCACGCGACAUGUUACAAGCCAAUCCGAAUAACUAUGCUGUGGUGGUGAGUACUGAGAUGGUGGGAUACAAUUGGUACCCCGGGAAAGACCGUUCCAUGCUCAUUCCUAAUUGCUUCUUCAGGAUGGGGUGCUCUGCAGUGCUUUUAUCUAAUCGUCGUCGUGACUUCACUAGAGCAAAGUACAGACUUGAGCAUAUUGUCCGCACUCACAAAGGGGCAGAUGAUCGCAGCUUCAGGAGUGUUUAUCAAGAAGAAGAUGAUCAACGAAACAAGGGACUAAGGAUCAGCAGAGAUAUAGUGGAGAUCGGGGCAGAAGCAAUCAAAACAAACAUCACGACUCUCGGUCCCCUGGUGCUGCCUGUUUCAGAGCAGCUACUCUUCUUCGCAACACUAGUGAGAAAGUACUUAUUCAAAGGCGGAUCAGGCACCAAAUCAGAAUCAUCCAAGCCCUACAUUCCAGACUACAAGCUCGCCUUCGAGCACUUCUGCAUGCACGCAGCAAGCAAGACAGUGCUGGAUGAGCUACAGAGGAACCUGGAGCUCAGUGAAAAGAACAUGGAGCCUUCAAGGAUGACAUUGUAUCGCUUCGGGAACACCUCAAGCAGCAGCAUUUGGUAUGAGCUCGCGUAUCUGGAAGCAAAUGAACGCGUUAGGAGAGGCGACAGAAUCUGGCAGCUGGCUUAUGGAUCAGGAUUUAAGUGCAACAGUGCUGUCUGGAAAUCAAUGCGCCGCAUCAGGAAGCCUUCGAGGAAUCCUUGGCUUUAAUCAAAUGCCUGAAACUGCAGCUAAGGAACUCAGAUUAUGAAGGCUAGAAGACUUAAAUUUGGAUGAAGUUUGUACUUUCUACUUGGAUAAACUACUAUCCAAGAUCUGGUAACUCAUUAUUUACAAGAUUUGUGAGCAGUGAUAGCAUAUUGGUGUGACCAUGUAAACGUGCUAUUCUUAAUUUAUCAACCGUAUAUAUAAUAAAUAAUAUCGGUGGAUGACAACUUCUGCUGGUAUCCGAAAUUCUAUAUA